UCGUUUUGCUGCUAAAAUCAUUUUCUUUGUUAUUUUAAUUAAUCUGAUCUUACUGUAUUCGAAGAUAUAAAUACAACGUAUAUUUCAUACAUUAAGGAUUUCCAAGAGUUUUAAGCAAUUUCCGGUAACUGGCAUACAAAACAAGACACUUUAUUACGUUAUAAUGACAGUUUACGACCGCAUAAUUAGAUCAAUGUCCCAAUUACUAUGGGAAAUUACUAAUUUACUUACUAAUUCGUAUUUAUUCGUUCAUUUACAAUGGAAAAAACUCCAGAAAUGGCAAACGGCGAUACGACCUACCUACGCCAGCGGCAUACAGGGAAAAAGUCAAAGUACUCGCCCAAGUCUAAGAAAAAACGGACAGAAGCAAAAGCGGGCGGGGACUUGAGCCCAAAAAUUGAAAAACAGAAACUAAAAUGUAAUAUUCAAACCGAAACGAAAAAUGUUUCAGAAUCUGAAAAUGAAUAUCACCAGCAAAAAAUACAACCAGAUUUUGAGGCAGAUAUUCCAGCCCAUUACGUAGUAGAGCAGACAUGGUGUGAAAAAUUAUUUGAAAUUUUGCACAAUUUCAUGUUCCAUAAUUCGCGUAAAACUGGAUUUUACCGAAUUCACCCUACCAAAGCAAAAGAGCUUUAUUACGACAUAGUCAGAGAGCAAGAGGAAGGGAGGAGAGACGCGUUUGAGCAAAGAGUAAACGAAGAGAGAAAGAAGAGGAGAGGGGAGAGCUUCCAGGAGGAAAAAACGAGGAGUGAUUUUGAGAUCGAAGAAAACAGAAGAUUUGAAAAAUUUUUCAUUUUUAUGACAGGAUUGGUGAUAGUCACUUGUUAUCCUUUUGCGUUGUACGUUGCGCUUACUAAACAAACACACUGACUC